ACAUGUAAUGAGUCAGUUCCUCUUCAGAGAAAGGAUGGGGGAAAGGCAGACCAUCCUCUGGAGGCUGACAAAUUAUGGAAAAAACCUGAAGCUGUGGUUCAAAGAAGUCUUUCUUCCCUUUCAGACUUGGCUGGAGGUUGGUGGAGUUGCUUCUGACUCAGUGACCCUCACAGAGCUGAUUCCUCUGGAAGAUGUUUUAGAACUUUUACUCUGGAGACUUUCCCAAAUAAGAGAAACGCUACAAAAGCCCCCAUACCUGGGAAUAAAGUACAGGUGACCAGAGGAAUGAAGACAGGUGAGGACUUGUGCAAUGAACUCAUAAUGCAAAUAGCACCAAAGAUGAAAAUCCUUUGAUGGGAAGAGCUAACGAAACGUGGUUGAGUGGGUUCAUCCUCCUAGGCCUCUCUGGGGACCGGGACACUCAAGUCUCCCUCUUCGUCCUGUUCUUGGCCAUGUACAUGGUGACGGUGCUGGGGAAUGUUCUCAUUGUCCUCCUGAUCAGACUGGACAGCCGCCUGCACACGCCCAUGUACUUCUUCCUCAGCAACCUCUCCCUGGUGGAUGUGUCCUAUGCCACCAGCAUAGUCCCUCAGCUGCUGGCCCAUUUCCUUGCAGAGCACAAGGUGAUCCCAUUCCUGAGCUGUGCAGCCCAGCUGUUUUUCUCUCUGGCCUUGGGUGGCAUAGAGUUUGUUCUCCUGGCAGUGAUGGCUUAUGACCGCUAUGUGGCUGUGUGUGACCCCCUGAGGUACUCUGCCACCAUGCAUGCAGGACUGUGCACAAGGCUGGCCAUCUCGUCCUGGGUCAGCGGCUCCAUCAACUCUCUCAUGCAGACAGCCAUCACUUUCCAGCUUCCCAUGUGCACAAACAAGUAUAUUGAUCACAUCUCCUGUGAACUCCUAGCUGUGGUCAGGCUGGCCUGUGUGGAUACUUCUUCCAACGAGGUUGCCAUCAUGGUUUCCAGCAUCGUCCUUCUGAUGACACCUUUCUUCCUGGUCCUGUUGUCCUACAUCCGGAUCAUCUCCACCAUCCUGAAGAUCCAGUCCACAGAGGGCAGGCGGAAAGCCUUCCACACCUGUGCCUCUCACCUCACGGUGGUUGUCCUGUGCUAUGGAAUGGCCAUUUUCACUUACAUCCAGCCCCGUUCCAGUCCUUCUGUCCUUCAGGAGAAGUUGAUCUCUCUCUUCUAUGCCAUUUUGACACCCAUGUUGAACCCCAUGAUUUAUAGCCUCAGGAAUAAGGAGGUGAAAGGGGCUUGGCAGAAGCUCUUUGGACAAUUGUCUGGAUUAACAUCAAAACUGUCAAUCUGAUGACUCAGAUGCAUCACUCGGCAAAAUGAACCCUGCCCGUGGGCUCUCCAUCCAACUCCCGUGUGACAAGCUUUAGCUUCAUCUCCUCGGCAACCAGGAAGGCAGGGACAUAAAAUGUACUGGUGAUGUUCUGUAGGAGGCUGAAUAGUGACAUGGGGGUGUGGCACGUGGGUGCAUUUUUGUGUCACAGCAGCCUAUUCAACAGUGUUAGCACUGUGGUCAUGAAAAUUCACAUCUUACUCUAUUCCUAGCACCUGACAAUCAUUGAAAAAAUAUCUACUGUCUCUUUCAAUUUGUCAA